AUUGGUUGUAUCUUGUAAAUUGAUACUGCGCAUCAGAGUGGAGUGAAAGUUCUUCAGUUCCCACAGACAGGUAAUAUUAUCAAAAACAUGGACCUCAAAGAAGCGUUUGCGACAAUCUUUGACCAAAAUCGGAAAGUCGCACUAUACGCCGCAGGCACAACGGUUGCUGUGCUGGGACUCGGUCUUGUUUUUAAAUACAUGCGUCGGGAGGAAAAGUUAACUCGAGUGGGAGUUGUAACUAAGCUGCUGGUUCAUCCGCUGAAGUCUGGGAAAGCAGUGUCAGUGGAGGCAGCAGAAUGCCUGCGAAUGGGGCUGAAAUACGGCGAACUGCGUGAUCGUCACUGGCUGGUAAUCACCGAGGAUGGCCACAUGGUGACAGGCCGACAGCAGCCGCGUCUUGUGUUGGUGUCUUUGACCUGUGAGGGUGGACAUGUGAGCCUCAAUGGACCGCAGAUGGAGGAGCUGAAGUUUCCUCUUAACAAGGCCAGCGAUUUGGUUGUGGACUGCAGAGUCUUCAGUGUAGAUGUCCAGGGCAGGGACUGUGGCGACAAGGUCUCUGAAUGGCUCACUCGAUUUCUGGAAGCAGACAAACCUGUUCGCCUGGUGCAUUAUGAACCCGAUCUGAAGCCCCAGAGGCCUCAUGAGAAAGAGCCCCUAUUUCCUAAAGAUGAUGAGGUGGCCUACCCCGAUGCUGCUCCGGUCAUGCUCAUGACUGAGGCCUCUGUUGGAGACCUGAACAGCCGACUGGACAAGGAUCUUUCUGUCUUUCAGUUUCGGCCCAGUAUUGUUGUCAGUGACUGUGAAGCCUUCACUGAGGACACAUGGGAUCAUAUUCGUAUUGGAGAAGUGGAGUUGAAAAGAGUCAUAGGCUGUGGACGAUGCCUUUUUACCACUGUUGACCCUGAGACUGGAGUCUUCUCUCGGAAAGAACCGCUUGACACUCUCAAAACCUAUCGAAUGACUGACCCCAAGCAGAAAACCUCACCAAUACUGGGACAGUAUUACACCGUCAGGAAAACGGGUGUUCUUCAUGUCGGUGAACCAGUUUAUAAGAUCACCUAUUAAAACAGGCCAGACUGGAUGCAAUGCAGAAUAUUAAAAUCUAAUGAUUACAAGCA